AUGGAAUCAGCUCUGCUCCGGUGCUGCGUCAGUUUCUCCGGCCACUCCUACAACAGCAAGAACGUCGCUGCUGCUCACAGAACCGACGGUGAGAUUCCGAGGCCGAAACCGAGUCCGGGGAGAUGCGAAGAGGAGUGGUGUGCUAAGGUUUUGAGUAGAAGAUCGGUACUGGCGACUUCUGGACUUUCGCUGGCCUCGUCGACGGCGUUACUGUUUCCGGGGGAUGGAUUGGCCGUCGUGAAACAGGGGCUUCUCGCCGGGAGAGUUCCUGGUCUCUCCGAACCUGAUGAUAAAGGUUGGAGAACAUACCGUAGACCAGACGAGAAAUCAGGAGGGCAUGGCGUUGGUUGGAGUCCUAUCAUCCCUUACGCCUUCUCUGUUCCUCAAGAUUGGAAUGAGGUACCUGUAUCGAUCGCUGAUCUUGGUGGCACCGAGAUUGACUUGAGAUUUGCUAGUCCUAAAGAAGGCCGUUUGUCUGUUAUUGUCGCUCCCGUUCUAAGAUUCGCAGAUAAUCUUGGGGAAGAUGUGAAGAUUGAGAACAUUGGACCACCAGCGAAGGUGAUCAACGCAUUUGGACCAGAAGUGAUUGGAGAGAACGUUGAAGGGAAGGUGUUGAGUUCAAAUGUAGCUGAACAUGAGGGAAGACUCUAUUACCAGUUUGAGUUAGAGCCGCCUCAUGUGCUGAUCACUGCAACAGCUGCCGGAAACCGUCUUUACUUGUUCAGUGUCACUGGAAACGGGCUUCAAUGGAAGAGAUACUACAAGGAUCUGAAGAGGAUCGCUACUUCGUUCCGUGUCGUUUAA